AUCUCACACAAUACAACACAAGAGGUUUCCAUUUCCAUUCACAUUCAGGUUUGGUCAUCAACGUGUUAGGAUGGACGCAGGUCAUCUCAACCAGACAAGCACAUCUACCUCCUGCACUGUGGAGUCCUCCUUGGAAAAGCACAUGUAUCCAGCUGCCUAUUCUCUUUUUUUUAUUGUGGGCUUUCCAGCAAACUGCCUGUCUCUGUAUGUAGCCUGGAUGCUGAUGAGGAAUGGGAACAGCACGGCAGUCUACCUUGUCAACCUGUCCAUCUCUGACCUGCUCUACACAAUCUCUCUGCCUGUGUGGAUUGAGCUGGCCCUGCUGAAGCCUCUGGGUAGUCUCUGCAGUUUAGUGGCUGUGAUCAUGCACAACAGCUUUUACGUCGGCUCAGGCCUCCUUUGCUGCAUCUCCUUUGAUCGCUACCUAGCAUUGGUCUAUCCUCUCCACUUUCACUGGGUCCGAGAGGUGCGGACAGCAGCAGCUAUUGUGCAAUCUCUCCGACAGAGCGUCUCCAUCCUGGCAGAGGAGCGCAGGAAAGUGGGACUGAUGUUGUUGUUCCUUCUUCUAACCUACAUAGUGGCCUUUGUGCCCUACCAGACUGUCAUGCUGCUCAGAGCCAUACUGGAGCCCGGGGUCUGCGUCUAUGCUGUGAGGCUCAGAGAUCCAUACCUGGUCACAGUUGCCAUGACCACCAUAAACAGUACACUGGAUCCUAUAAUAUACUGUUUAAUCAGUGAGAGUGCUCAGAAAGAGAUUAGGAAAGCUCUAGAGAAAGGUAGAGCAGUUUUUAUUAGGAGGAUUUGGUCAGAGAGCUCUUCUGGAAUUCAGUCAGUUUCCUAACAACUGAAUUAUCUAUUUGUUUCACUGCAAAUGAAAUGGAAAACAAAUAAUUAUUUGGGAUUGUGUAAUUUAAGAGGUAAUACCAAAGGUGGAAACUUAGUGUUCACACGCUGAUGCCUUUAAUGUUAUGAUACUUUGUGUUGAUGUUUUAUUGGACAAAUCAUCAUCUUUUAUUACUGUAAUUUACAAUGCUUGACUGUGGUGUAAACAAGGUCACAUUUACAUGUAUUUCUUAAUAGAUUUUUGAUUGAUUAUUUAAGUUCAAUAGCAGACAUUCUCUCUCUCUCUCUCUCUCUCUCUCUCUCUCUCUCUCUCUCUCUCUCUCUCUCUCUCUCUCUCUCUCUCUCCCCCCACCUUUCCUGUCUCUAUCUGCAGCUGUCACUGUCCAAAAAAGGCAAAAUGCCCCAAAAAAUAUUUGUGUAAAUUUGUAAAUAAUCUGCGAUCUGAGUAAGAACAAUUACAGCAACCAAUAACGCUUUCAAUGUACAUAUGGACAUGUGAGCAUUGUUUUUAAGACAGACUAAAAAAAAUAUGUGUACUUAUCCUUUAGUAGCAUGUAGGCUCAGCCAUAACAACAUAACUACGCUAUGGAAACAAUUAGUCAAGCAGAUGUGUAUUUAAUUUCAGUCCAUGUCUAUGUUGACACACCAAACAUAAAGACAAGCAGUCCCAUGUAGACUUAGUAGCCUAAUUAAAUUUACCAUGUGGUCCUCUAACACCGGUAGUUUGUUCUGUCAUGGCCUGUCACCCAGUAAAUGACAUACGGUAGUCAGGGACAACAAGGAGGCAGCUGCUGACUCUUCCUGUUUCUUUAAGCUGGCUGAUUAAGCAGUGGAAGACAAGAAACUGAAUGAAUCCACUCUGCAUCUGUUUUAAUGUUUUCAUUUUAAUAAUAAUACAUUUUAUGGACAGAAUUUGGAGUGGAAUUACAA